AGGACCAAAUCGUAAGCUGGCGACCUCGAUGUCUAAGUUGCUAUAGAACUUUGAUGGUGUCCUCCGGAGAGAAGACGAUAUUCUCCGUGUCACCCACGAUGAGAUCGUGCAUCCGUUCUGAUGUUUCCUCUUGCAGGAUUUCCAAAUUUGAACCCUAAAUUCAGUGUGAAAAGUUGCUAUGUAAUUCAGAUCUGAUCAAGUUUAUUCUUACCUUCAAUUUCAUAUCUAUUUUUAUUAAUAUGAAAGAUGGUUAUCGAAUUCUAGAAUUAAGAUUAAUUGGCUGAUUUAGACUUAACAUAGAUUGGGUUACAAAUUGAUUGUUCUUUUUUUGGCUGAUUGGAAAUCUUGAUUUCCUAUUUUUCCAUGCAAAUGUUAAAUGUGAAGUUUUUUCAAUGACUUGAUAUGUUCUGUACCUGCGUGCAUUUUUGCAUACACCUUAAUUGAUCUGGAUAUGAUACUGGGUAUAUAUAAAACUAUCUGCAUGUAAAUUAGGCUGGAAAUUUAUGUUUUUUGUGUAGAUGCAUGUACAUUUGGCUGUAAAUUUAUAUAUGUGUGUAGAAUCACGCGCCACGCGUGUAGAGUGGGAGGGAUCUUAUUUAAUUUGUUAACCAAGAUUCGUACCGAGAUUCACGGAUGUUCUUUUGUGUUAUAGUGAUCCAAGACAGUCAAUUUUGUAAGCAUAAGGUUGCCAAUUAUUUCUUUUAGCUGAAAAGUUUUGUUUGUGGUGAUAGAAACAAAGUAGCUUGAAAUCUUGUGGAUUGUCCUUCUAUCUAUGGCCUAAGAAUUAGAUUGGAUUCAGUUUGGAAGUUUUGAAAGGAGAUCGUUGCUAAAUAUGAAGUAGACUUGUGAAAUUUUUUAUUGUUAUGUUUCCCAUAGUUAAAUUGUUCCAUCAAUGUUAUGAAAGUGGUACUUAGAGUGGUUUUGGUUCAAUAGAAAACUAACUUACGGACAUCUUAACAUUUUUCAAGGUUAUUAAGUAGCUAGGCCUUGGCAAGGACUUACGAGUAAGAGAUACAUCACUAUCUUGGAUGAAGCUAGCUAGGCUUGAUUAUAACUUUUUGAAACAACAUAUUGAGUUUGUUCUAGUCUGACAACAUUAAACCUUUUUUUUUUUU